UCCAAGUUCAGUACACUCAGCGAACCGAACGGAGGUCUCAACGCAUCUCCGUCUAAUUUAUUUAUUUAAUAAUUUAUUUCAAUUUAAUAAACAUUAUUACAAAAUUCGAAUAACGAAUGGAAUAAUAAUAAUAAAAGAGGAAAAAUUGUGCUGUGUUCUGUCAUUUAUGUAACUAUUUUAUUAGUGUUUUAAUGUUAAGUGAUUCAAAAUGAAUUAUGUGCCAGUGUUUUUUCUGCUAACGUCUGUUCUUUGGAGUUAUGUUGUGUCACAAGCCUGCCGCACCCCAUUAGGACAGCGUAGCCAAUGCAUCUCUCUAUACGACUGUCCACAACUGUUAGCGGCGUUUGAAGCAAGGCCCCUUCCGAGCCAAACCAUCACGUUUUUGAAGCAGUCCCAAUGUGGUUUCGAUGGCUACGUCCCGAAGGUUUGCUGCGGACCCUUACCUUCGGUGCAACAGGACAGCCCGACCACGCAAAGACCUCAAAGACCAACCUGGCCAUCCGCUGACGAUGGCCAAGCCGACGAUGUCUCCAAUGAAGACUCUUCACCAGCGCCCCAGGGCCAAUGCGGGAUAGACAACGCUGACAGAAUAUACGGAGGGCAAAUCACCGACCUGGAUGAGUUCCCCUGGAUGGCCCUGCUGGGGUAUCGCACUCGUGCUGGAGGCCUGACAUACCAGUGCGGUGGAGUGCUAAUCAACCAUAGAUACGUGCUAACUGCAGCACAUUGUGUCACUGGACAAAUUGAAAGAGAUGUUGGUAGACUAGCAACCGUUCGUCUCGGCGAAUACGACACGCAACAAGACGUAGACUGUUUGGACGGCGCGUGCGCAGACCCGCCUCAAGAGAUCCCUGUGCAAGGAGGCUACCCGCACUCCGGCUUCUCAGACAGAAACAAGAACAGGAGAGACGAUAUUGCUUUAGUCAGAAUGUCUAAACGAGCCAAAUAUACUUAUUACGUAAAACCUAUCUGCAUGGUGUCAAGAAAUAUCCAUCUGAACGUCGGGAACUCAGUGUACGUUGCCGGCUGGGGGAAAACCUUAAAUGGACGCAACAGCCCAGUGAAGCUAAAACUCGGCCUGCCUAUCUUUAGCAAAGACGAAUGCGUCUCCAAAUACCGCCCUCUUGGCGCCGAACUUACUGAUAAGCAGAUCUGUGCCGGGGGGGCCUUCGCCCAGGACACUUGCCGAGGGGACUCUGGAGGCCCUCUGAUGAGGAGAAGGCCAGAGGGCGUCUGGGAAGUCGUAGGCGUUGUGUCCUUUGGCAAUGGUUGCGGGAGAGACGGCUGGCCCGGCGUCUAUUCCUCUGUUGCUGCUUACGAGGACUGGAUACGAACUACCAUGGCUUCUACCAAUGUCUAGGACUGAUUUUUAGAUAAAUAUUAACGUAUCAGAUACUUA